AUGACUACGAGGGAAUUUGUUUUAGACUUGUUGAAGGAGUACACUUGUAUAGAAUAUGGUGCCAUUUGUUCUCCUCUUGAUCCUACUAUAAAGUUGAAGGCCAAGGAGGGUACACCAUUGGAAGAUCCUACUUACUACAGAAAGAUGAUGGACAAAUUAAACUUUCUUACUAACACAAGACUAGACAUAGCCUUUGGAGUGCAACACUUGAACCAGUUUAUGCAAGAACCUAAGGAACCUCAACUGAAGGCAGCCUAUCAUGUAUUGAGAUAUCUCAAGGGUGAUCCCACUUUGGGAGUCUCUAUGUCUAAUGAUGCAGAUUUGUCUGUUAGAGCAUAUUAUGACUCUGAUUGGGCUUCAUGCCCAGACUCAAGAAGGUCUGUGAGUGGGUACAUUGUGCUGCUAGGAAGCAGUCCUCUCAGUUGGAUAUCUAAAAAGCAUGAUAUUGUUUCACUAUCUUCAGCAGAGGCAGAGUACAAGUCACUUAGGAAAGUGGUUGGUGAAUUGAUCUGA